UUGAAUAAUUAAUAAAAGAUUUGGUCGAAAUGAGUAUCAACAUAUCCCCCAACGACGAUAGAGAAUACAAGUUCUUCAAACUAGAAAAUGAGAUGAGAGUCAUUGUCAUCAGCGAUAAAGAGGCAACCAAGUGUUCUGCCUGCAUGCAAGUCGAAGCAGGAUCUGCCCUCAAUCCUAAAGAGUAUCAAGGUCUAGCCCAUUUCCUUGAGCAUAUGUUGUUCAUGGGAACUGAAAAAUAUCCAGAAGAGGAGUCUUACUCCAAGCACUGUGCUGACUCUGGAGGGUAUGAUAACGCAUACACAGGACUUGAGCAGACUAAUUACCACUUCGAAGUCUCCACUGAAGGCUUUGAAAAAGCACUAGAUAUGUUCGCCCAAUUCUUCAUUUGCCCAUUGUUCAGCAAAGAUGCAGUUGAUAGAGAAAUGAAUGCGGUCGAUUCAGAAAAUCAGAAGAAUUUACAAUCCGAUAUGUGGAGGUUCUUCCAAAUCCUGCUUAGCGAAUCUAAUGAAGAGAGUGUCCUUAACUGCUUCCCUACAGGGAACCUUAAAACUCUUAAGAAAGACGGAGUGGUAGAAGCCCUCCAUGCCUUCCACAAGAAGUGGUAUUCCUCAAACAUCAUGAACUUAACAGUUUAUUCGAGUAAAUCUAUUGAGGAAAUGGAGACUCUAGUGACUGAGCUUUUCUCAGGAGUUGAGAACAAGAAUGUUACCGUCCCAUCUUUUGCUGAGCCUGCUGGAUAUCCUAAGGAAUUCCUUGGUAAACUGUAUAAGAUCAAGCCUGUAAUGGAUGAACAUCAGCUGAAGUUCCUCUGGUUCUACCCUAAAUGUUACAACAAAGAUCAUUAUGAUAGAGUUUUUAAUCUCUUGUCUCAUGUAAUUGGGCAUGAAGGAGAAAACUCUCUACUAUCUUACUUGAUUGAAGAUGAUCUUGCUACUUCAUGUUAUGCAUAUUGCGACCAUGAGAUCAGCUCAUUUACGUACAUGUGCCUAAACCUCACUCUCACUGAUAAAGGAUUCGAAAACUAUGAAAGAGUCAUAGAGAUCGUGACGAAAAUGUGCCAAGUUCUUGCUUCAGAAGGUCCAAUCGACCACGUAUUCGAAGAAUGCUCCAAGAAUGGUGACUUAAAAUGGAAGUUUUUGGAUAAGUCAUCUCCAAUUAACACUACAGUGUCCAUGGCAGACAGAAUGCAUCUCUUCACAGAUGAAAAUAUUCAAGAUAUCUUGCAGACUAGAUACACCUUUGCGAAUUUCAACAAGGAAGAAUACCAAAAUAUCUUGAAUGGUCUUCUUCCAGAUAAUAUGAAUGUCUAUUUAUCCUCCAAAAAGGUGGACACUAUAGUAGACACACCAUACAAUGUUGAAGAGUGGUAUGGAACUGAGUUUGUUAAAGAAAAGUUUUCAGAGGAUUUACUUCAGAGACUCAAGAACCCAACAGCAGAUCCCCUCGAAAAUUCAAAACUGAGUAACCCAAUUGAGAAUACUUUAUUCCCCAAAAGUUUGGAUCUGUGAGAGGAAAGCAAGGAUUCUACUGAAUUAACCGUACAAAAUGUCUCUGAUGAGAACAUUGAUAUUUGGUACAAGAAGAGCGAAAAGUUCAAGACACCAAAGAUCAAUGCCUUCAAUCUGUUAUAUACCAAUGACUGUGGGUUCCAGACCUCACUCCAAGGAGCUGUUUUCUCGACUAUCUGGCUGAAAGUGAUACAGGAUUACUUCAGAGAGUUCCUCUACAUGGCAGACAUGGCCUCUCUAGAAUGCCAAACCAGCGAAAGUGAAGGAUCUAUCAGGAUAGACUUCAGAGGAUAUAGUGACCCAAUGCAAGAAUUUGUAGAGAAGUUCUUCGAUAAACUCAAAUCUUUCGAUGCUAGAAAGAAUAAGCAAACCUUUGACUCUAAAAAGGAGGAGCUUUUAAAGCAAUGGGCUAACUUUGCACUUGUUCAACCAUACUCUCAAGUCUUCGGACUUGCAAGAUCAGUAAUGUUCCUUGGACAAUUCCCUCCAAAGGAAAAACUUGAACAUUUAAAAGACUUCACUUUUGAGAAAUUCUGUUCCCUCAGUGAAGAAUUUUUGACCAAUGCAAGAUCUGUCUGGUUCUUCAACGGAGAUCUCACCAAGGACCAGGCAGUUAGCACUGCCCAAAAAGCAACUGAGACGCUUGCUUUCAAGACAAUUCCAAAGGAUCUGCUAGUCUUCACGAGACCUCUGAUGAUGGAUGAAAACUCAGAGACUAAUAUUGUAAUAGAUGCAGAGAACAAGGACGAAACUAACUCGGCUAUUCUCUCUAUCUACCAAGAUGAGACUAGAUUCGAUACAGUAGAAGAGGAAUUUGCUCAUCAUAUGAUUCACUCUGUUGUAUUCCAGAUCUUAGACAACCCAUCCUUCGAUUAUCUCAGAACAAAGGAACAGCUUGGCUACAUUGCAUACGCUAGAUCUCUGAUUUAUAGAGAAAUGAUCGGUGGAGGCUUCAUCAUCCAAUCUGCUGUCAAGAACCCUGAAUAUCUGAUCAAAAAGUCCAACGAUUUCCUUGAAAUGUAUAAAGAGAAGCUGGCUUCUCUGUCUGAUGAAGACUUCGAAACAGCUGUAAAGGCUGUCAUCAUGGACAAGAAAGAAGUUGACCAUAGUCUACUCAAGGAAUCAAUAAGACUCUUCACUCGUGUUGAGAAGCACUCCUACGAUUUUGACUACAAAGAAAAGCAAAUUGAAUAUUUAGAGAAGAUGAUGGACAAGUCUAACGAAGAGUUCUACACUGAAUCUAAAAAGAAGGUUGUUGAUCACUUCAACCAUCUGUUCUAUGGGCCAGAAGGAAGUGGACCAAGAGUUGCACACAUUGAACUGAUCGCCUCUCAACACAAGGAAGACAACACCACACAGUAUGAAGCUAAUAAAGAAGCAUACAAGAGAGCAAAGAGAAGAGUGGUUGACAUAACUGAGAUCUCCAGAUUUAAGAACAGUUCAGUGGUCUAUCCCGACAAGUUACUGAACAGGUUCUCUAAUUAUUCUACCGAAUAA